UCAGUGGCGACCAUCCAAGAAUCGAGUCAGGCUUCAACCUGAAAUCCGAAAUGGCAGACAUCUAUCCUCGACCAUCGACUCUCACUCGUCACAAUGGCACAUAUCACUUUAUCUCUCCCUCGAAUUUCACCGGUAAACUAAAAAGAAAAAUUGCCUUAAUCACAGGUGCAGGUCGUGGAAUUGGUAGAGCAACUAGUCUCGCCUUAGCCGCAGCAGGCACCUCAAUAGCAUGUCCUCUCACUUACGGCUUCCGAACUUGAGACUCUAGGAGCAGAAAUCAAGCAGAAAUCAACAGACUUCUAACAUGCCUACACUCUUUCUCGUGCGCGAUGUGCUCUCAGAUCCUGUCCAAAUAAUCUCAGAUGUUGAGAAAAGGCUUGGUCCAAUUGACAUCCUUGUCAACAACGCAGGUAUAAGUCGCCUUGGACCUCUAUAUCUCGAGAAGAACAUCGAUAUCUGGUGGCAUGUCCAAGAAGUCAACGUCAAAGCCCCCAUGGCGUUGAUCCAUGCCUGCCUUCCGAGCAUGAUGAAGCGAGGUUCAGGCAAAAUCAUCACGCUUGGGAGUGCCGCAGCGGAUAACAGCUUUCCUUUUGGCUCAGCAUACGGCGCAUCGAAAGCUGCGCUGCAGAAAGCGCAUCAGUGUUUGGAUAUUGAGAUGCGUGGCAAAGGAAUUGCUUUCUAUUGUAUUCAUCCCGGCGAGACGUCAACAACCACAAUGGGGCAAGGCGAUGGUGUAAAUAUGGAAGCUACGGCUCUCCCGGAAGUUCAGCGCGUCGUAAUGAACUUUGCCAAAACCGCGUUGACGGAUACGCUUGCGUUGGCGGCGGACUCGAUUGUUUUCCUUGCCGCAGAUGAGAGGAUGGAGGUGUUUUCGGGGAGGUAUUUGGAUUACUGUCAGGACAUGGAGGAGCUUUUACAGAACAAGGAUAAGAUCUUGAGUGAGCAGUUGAAUAUGUUGAGUAUCAAACGCUUGUGACGGGCUCGAGGGGGGGCUAAGAAUUGACUGAAGCAAAGGCUUCAGAAAGGGUGAGACACAGCACUUCAAGAGGCAAAGAAAUGAUAAUAAGAGCUUG